AAUCUCUCUGAGUAGAGGAACCAGUUAACUCUGCCUGGGUGAGAAGCCUAAAAGGCUACACAGAGAAGGUGAUAAAAGGAGGUGGUAGGCGAAUAGCUGCUGGGCUAGACCAUCUAGGCUGAUAAGAUGUCUGACUAAAUAACCGAGAAUAAGCAGGCCAGAGGUGAUGUGAAUGCAGAGGGAGGAGAAGGAAAGAGGACAGAUCCUGGAUGAUAGGGAAGGUAGGUUUGAGGGCAUGAGGGUGAUACAAGGAAGAAGGGCCAUGAGUGCGAGUGCGACUAGCUACCUUUCAGGGUGGGACCGGAUGAAAGGGCCCUUCAAUGGCCGCCCCCAUCGCAUCUUUCUGACAGGUAAAAUUUGAUCUGCUCAAACCUGGGUCUCAUUGCCAGGAAGUUGCACAAGGCAGCUGUGCUUUGGGAAGUCCCUGCAAUCUCCUGCACUUCUUGCUUGCUUCCCAUAGAACAGGCUGUGGCAACCUCAGAGCAUAAAAGGCCCAGGGUAUGUGCAUCCCAGAGGCAGCUGGCCAGGAAUAUGGAGGCAAUCAGCAUGGACCAAAAGUCUCUCUGGGCAGGUAUAGUGGUCUUGCUGCUGCUUCAAGGGGGAUCUGCCUACCGACUGGUUUGCUACUUUACCAGUUGGUCCCAGGACCGGCAGGAACCAGGAAAGUUCACCCCUGAGAACAUUGAUCCCUUCCUAUGCUCUCACCUCAUCUACUCGUUUGCGGGAGUCAGUAACAACAAGAUCGUCAUCACCAGCAAGAACGAUGCAGUGCUUUACCAGACCAUCAACAGUGUCAAAACUGAGAAUCCCAAACUGAAAAUUCUCUUGUCUAUUGGGGGGUACGAAUUUGGUUCUAAAAGAUUCCACCCCAUGGUUGAUUCUUCUGCAUCACGCUUGGAAUUUAUCAACUCUGUAAUUCCAUUCCUAAGGAGCCAUAACUUUGAUGGGCUGGACAUAAGCUGGAUCUACCCAGGUCUGAGAGACAGCACUCGUUUCACUGAGCUGAUUCAUGAGUUAGCAGAGGCCUUUCAGAAGGACUUCAUAAAAUCCAGAAAAGAGAGGCUUCUCUUGACUGCAGGAGUAUCUGCAGGGAGGCAGGAGAUUGAUAACAGCUAUCAAAUAGAGAAACUGGCAAAAGAACUAGAUUUCAUCAACCUCCUGUCCUUUGACUUCCAUGGAUCUUGGGAAAAGCCCCUCGUCACUGGCCACAACAGCCCUCUGAGAAAGGGGCAGCUAGACAGAGGGACAAGCUCCUACUACAAUGUGGCAUAUGCUGUGGGAUAUUGGAUAAAUAAAGGAAUGCCAUCAGAGAAGGUGGUCAUGGGCAUCCCCACGUAUGGACGCACCUUCACACUGGCCUCUGCAGAAAACUCUGUGGGGGCCUCUGCUUCCGGGCCUGGAGCUGCUGGCCCCAUCACUAAGUCUCCAGGCUUCCUAGCCUAUUACGAGAUUUGCCAGUUCCUGCAAGGAGCCAACAUCACAAGAAUGCAGGAUCAGCAAGUUCCCUAUGCAGUUAAAGGAAACCAGUGGGUCGGCUAUGAUGAUGUGGAGAGUGUGGAGACCAAGGUUCAGUUUCUAAAGAAUUUAAACCUGGGAGGGGCCAUGAUCUGGUCUAUUGACAUGGAUGACUUCACUGGCAAGUCCUGCAGCCAGGGUCACUACCCUCUUGUCCAGGCUGUCAAAAGAAGCCUUGGCUCUCUAUGAAGGCUUCAUCUACAGAUGAGCAGGCAAGGUGACCUUGUUGCCUACUCAUUCUCCAGGAAUUCUCGUGUGGGGUUCACCUUGCCAGACUGACCUCAAGAUCUCUGUUCUCCGAGCUUUCCCCUGACUUUCUCCCAGACCAAAAACUGGGCCUGGCUUUGGACUCCGGCAGCUACUGACUUGUCCUGAGGCACAAUAAGAAAAUAUUUGUGCUCCAGCAAGUGUGGCUUCGUUUGUGCAAUCCUUUACCGUGUGGGGAAACCCUGGUUAAGAGCUACGACUGCUAACCAAAAGGUUGGCAGUUUGAAUCCACCAGCUGCUCCUUGGAAAACUUACGGGGCAGUUCUACUCUGUCCUAUAGGGUUGCUGUGAGCCGAACUCAACAGCAAUGGGUUUGGUUUUUUUUUUUUUUUUUGGUUUACCCUGUGGUGUAAGGCAGUCCUACCCCUACCGUUCGUGGAACCCAAGGCUAGAGUACAAGUGGAGUCUUGUAUGUCGUAUGUCUAAAUAUUUAAAAGAGCUAAUGAGCUGUUAAAAUAUUAUUUAUAUUUUAACAUUGACAAAUAUGCCUUCAUAACAGCCUAAAAGAUCUGAUUUGAAUUUAGAAUUCUCAGUCUUCUCAGAAUUCUGCACCAGAAUUCCCUUCGUUCAUGGAUUGAAUUGUGUCUUCCAGAAACAUGUGUUUCAAUCUGGCUAGGCCACGAUUCCCAGUAUUGUGUGAUUGUCCACCAUUUUGUCAUCUGAUUUGAUUUUCCUAUGUGUUGUAAAUCCUACCUCUAUGAUGUUAAUGAGGCAGGAUUACAGGCUGUUAUGUUAAUGAGGCAGAACUCAAUCUACAAGAUUAGGUUAUGUCUUAAAUCAGUAUCUUUUGAGAUAUAAAAGAGACAAGUAAGCAGAGAGAUAGGGAACUCUCAUACCACCAAGAGACAAGAGCCAGGAGAAUAGCCCAUCCUUUGGACCUGAGGUCCCUGCACUGAGAAAGAAGCUCCUCAACCAGGGGAAGAUUGAUGACAAGGACCUUCCUCCAGAGCCAACAAAGAGAGAAAGCCUUCUCCUGGAGCUGACACCCUGAAUUUGGAUUUGUAACCUACUAGACAGGGAGAGAGUAAAUUUCUCUUUGUUAAAGCCA